AUGUCUAUCGGCAACCCAUUGGAAUCCUUCAUCAUCUUUGGCAGAGCCGUGCCACGACACAUGGUCGGCUAUUACUGCUUGGGCAUAUAUAUUGGAUUGUACGGUCUCUCCAAAAUCAGGAGCUCUCCUCCACCAGCAGUCACCAUGGAGCCCGCAGAAGCAGCAUUUGUUAAGGAAUACUUGCACAAACAUCACGAAGAGCAACACAUUCCACCAUACGCACGCGGUAUCUUUAAGGUACACUCUGCCUCUCACUAA